CCCAUGGGGAAACAACUUUCUGUGUGCAGUUCGCAAUGUUUGCUUCAAAUUCGGCUUCUAUUUCGACUAAAGAGAUGUUUUAGCCAGCACCUUGUCUUGCAGCAACAAGCCGGCAGGGAUGGAGGAAAUUCUACCCCUGGCCAAGCUGCUGUGAAAGCACUUCCCAAGAAGUGGCCGAUUGCAGGAGUCAAGCAAGUUAUCCUGGUGGCUUCUGGCAAGGGAGGAGUUGGUAAAUCUACCACAGCGGUCAAUCUUGCCCUUGGAAUAGGAGCUGUUAAGAGGUCGGCAUCAGUUGGUCUGUUAGAUGCAGAUGUAUAUGGGCCUUCCAUACCUCGGAUGAUGAACCUCAGUGGAAAGCAGCCAGAACUUACAAAAAACAACUUGAUAAAGCCAUUACAGAAUUUUGGAAUUUCAUGCAUGUCCAUGGGAUUUCUUGUGGAUGAGAAGGCACCCAUCGUAUGGAGGGGUUUGAUGGUCAUGUCUGCUAUACAGAGACUUGUUCGACAGGUUGCUUGGGGUCCCCUUGAUUACCUCAUAGUGGACAUGCCCCCUGGGACAGGAGACGCCCAACUUUCAAUGUCACAGCUCAUACCAAUAUCAGGGGCGGUAAUUGUAUCAACCCCACAAGAUAUUGCUUUACUGGAUGCCAGAAAGGGAGCUGAGAUGUUUAAAAAAGUUGAUGUACCGGUGCUUGGAAUUGUGCAGAACAUGAGUGUGUUUCAUUGUCCAAACUGUGGUCACCAGAGUCAUAUAUUUGGUCAUGAUGGAGCCACAGCGACUGCCAAUGACAUGGGAUUGGAUAUAUUAGGUGACAUUCCUCUUCACAUCAGCAUCAGAGAGUCAUCCGAUAAUGGGCGGCCCAUUACAGUCUCCGACCCUAGCAGUCCACAGGCGGUGGCUUACAGACAACUCGCUCAAAAGGUUCUUGAAAAGUUGCCCGAAUAUAAAGACCCUAUACCUCCUAGUUGAUGAUGAUUUAAGUGUAAGUUUACCAAUUAUUUAUGAUAAAUGCAACACAAUCAUGUGUCAAUGCAGCACUUUGACAGUCUUUUCUAAGUCUUUGACAGUGUGCACGCUCUAGUGUAUAUACUGUUCUAUUGCUUCAGUGUUAGACUUGGGAAGCAACUCCCAAAAUGGCAAAGAAGUUCAGACCCAAAUUUUGUGGCUCUGCUUUCUGUAAGCAAACAAUCUUCGCUUACUGAAGCAGUGAAUUCUGUGCUUACAGUUUUGUGCAUUCUGUGCAUGAAAUACUGGCCCAUUUCGCCUCUGUCACACCUGGGUAAAUCAACUUUCAAAAUGGCAAAGAUUGUAAUGGCCCAAAUUUCAUGGUUCUGCUUUCUUUAAGCAAAGAAUUUGCGCUUAGGGAAUCAGUGAAUUCUGUGCUAACAUCAAAUGUAUUUCACAGGUAAGCAGGGAAUUUAUGCUUGUGCGCGGUCCACCUUACUAGGCAACUUCUUUUCCUUACUCUUGACAUAUUUAUGAUCAUUUCAAAGUGUAUGCUCUCUGCACAGAUUCAAAACAAGUUUCAUUUAUAGUUUUCAAGUGCACUGUUAACCAUUUGAAUCUCAACCCAAUGAAACGACAGUUGUUGAUUCACAGAGCUAAUUGCCUCAAUGCCUCACUACAAAUUUGUAUCCCCGCCAAAAAGUGCACUUCCCUUCCCCUGAAUCUUCCAGGCCCGUUUCUGCAAACAUGUAUGCUCUAAUUUAAUCAUUCGGAUGAGAGAAAUCCUUAAGAUAAUUCUU